AUGUCUCGUACAUUCUCUAGCGCGAAGCCGGUGCCCAUACGCCAGGUCGAUGUCCCUGCUCUUGCAAGACGUGGCCUUGUACGAGAUCCAGCCGAAUCCCUACCCAGCAAACGUGCCCGAGACGAAGACACGCUCGGUUCUGACCGGCCAUUCAAACGACCAAAGUCGUCGUCAUCGUACACGGAAGAUCGCGGGCAUAUCCUCUCCACUUAUAGUCGCAAGCGAGAUGACAUCCGCAAGCAAGUCGCCAUCCAGCAAGGUUUGACCCGCGAUUAUUUCCGCCGCCGCGAGCAGAAUUUUUGGACCAGAAUAGAGCGUCGAUGCCUACCCGUGGAAGUGGUGAAAUGGAACAUCCAAGAACUUUGGGAGGAAGAGUACGAGCGAAUGAAGGAGGAUGAGGAGUUGAGGGCCAUGGUGCAGCAGAUGAUGGAGCGGGUUGGGGAGGAGCAGGCUGAAGCAAUGAGACGGCUAGAUGUGGAGUAUGGAAUGGAUCAAGCACCUCGCCGAUGCGAUCCAGGAUAUGAAAUGCUCAUGAAUGAGGGUCAUGACGGUCAUAAGCAUUUAGCUCUGCAGUACAAAGACCAGCCAUCGCCUCCUGGACAAAACCGUGAGCGUUCAGAAUACGGUCAGGAGCAGAACUCCCAGCCAGGUCCCCGCCAUGGCAAUCGCCCAGGCUACGACAAUCCUUUAGAAAGUCAGUCUCAACUAGGCCUCGAUGAUGAACACUCAUCCGAAGACCGAAGGGCCAAUUAUUCCAGAGACUCUCUCGACUACUUCCCAGAAGAGAAUCUCUCUUCCCAUACCACGUCCGCGUCGCACUCCCGGUGCAAUUGUGUCGGAUGCACCAGCGCCGCUCCCAACCGCCCACCACCCGCUAAUCCUACCUCCAACACCACACCCCAACCCAGCAACGCCCUAUCCCGGAAAACGGCCACAGGCAUGCACAGCCUCAGCGGCGAUGGCGCGCCUCUUCCGCACCAACAGAUCACCGGAAAUGCACAAACCGCCUCAGAGGCCUUGGACUCUCGCGACCGGUGGACCAACUUCCCUACUCAACGAGUCAUCGGUAACUGCCAGAACUACUACUAUGAUUACAGAGAGAGUGUAUCGCGGGAACAGACAUUCAACUUCACGACGAAGAACUUCUUCAAUGGCGGUUGUGGGUCUUUUGAUAUACAGGUCAACGGCAGCGGGAACAACGGGGCCACUAUUAAGAUGAAGGAUGCUGCUCGUGGGAUGAAAACCCUACGCUGA